CGGGACCGUUGUAAACAACGAAGCUGGUGGCUCUGGCAUGUCUCUAUAAAAGGAGCACCUCUCAUUUGAGUUCCGUUUACAGUAACUGUAACCGUUCCAAAUUUCUAUGCCAGCGAGGCAGAGAGAGAAACUAGAGCGAGAAAGAGAGAGAGCGCCACGCACCGUUCAUUCCUUCGUCCUCGCCGUUUCUAACCGUCGCAGUUUUCCGGCGAAGUUUCUCCGAUUUGUUUAACCGAAAUGGCGGAUCUGUCCGUUCUCGGUUGGAUUCUGUGCUCCGCUCUGAGCCUCUUCGCGCUCUACAGCCUGGCCUUCGGCGGAGCGAGCCGUAACCACGCUUCGCCGGAGAAGAGGAAUGAGUUAUCGGAGACCGUGACGACCUCCGCCGGAGAAUGUAGAUCAGAGAAACACCACGGCGACGCUGACGUCAUCAUUGUCGGAGCCGGCGUCGCCGGCGCCUCUCUGGCGCACACUCUCGGCAAGGAUGGGCGUCGGGUACACGUCAUUGAAAGAGACCUGAGUGAGCCUGAUCGAAUUGUUGGAGAGUUGCUUCAACCCGGUGGCUAUCUCAAAUUAAUUGAGCUCGGACUUGAAGAUUGUGUGGACAAAAUUGAUGCUCAGCAAGUGUUUGGUUAUGCCCUUUUCAAGGAUGGGAAACAUACUCGUCUCUCUUACCCCUUGGAGAAGUUUCACUCGGAUGUCUCUGGCAGAAGCUUUCACAAUGGGCGCUUUAUUCAGAGGUUGCGGGAGAAAGCUGCCUCACUUGCCAAUGUACGAUUGGAGCAAGGAACAGUCACUUCCCUGGUUGAAGAGAAGGGAACAAUUAAAGGUGUGCAAUAUAAGAACAAAGAUGGCCAGGAGUUGACAACAUAUGCUCCUCUUACCAUUGUUUGUGAUGGUUGCUUCUCAAACUUACGCCGUUCUCUUUGUAAUCCUAAGGUGGAUAUUCCCUCAUGUUUUGUUGGUUUAGUUUUAGAGAACUGUGAACUUCCAUGUGCAAAUCAUGGCCAUGUCAUACUGGGAGACCCUUCGCCGAUUCUAUUCUAUCCUAUCAGUAGUACAGAGAUUCGCUGUCUGGUCGAUGUACCUGGUCAGAAGGUUCCUUCUAUAUCAAACGGUGAAAUGGAAAAGUAUUUGAAGACAAUGGUGGCUCCCCAGAUCCCCCCCCAGCUUUAUGAUGCCUUCAUUGCUGCUGUUGACAAAGGCAACAUAAGGACAAUGCCAAACAGAAGCAUGCCAGCAGAUCCUCAUCCUACACCCGGAGCCCUUCUGAUGGGAGAUGCAUUCAACAUGCGACAUCCACUAACUGGGGGAGGAAUGACUGUAGCAUUGUCUGAUAUUGUGGUGCUGAGAAAUCUUCUAAGCCCUUUGUCUGACCUGAAUGAUGCACCCACACUCUGUAAAUACCUUGAAUCAUUUUAUACCUUGCGUAAGCCUGUGGCAUCCACCAUAAAUACAUUGGCAGGUGCUCUUUACAAAGUAUUUUGUGCAUCCCCUGAUCUGGCAAGGAAGGAAAUGCGCCAAGCUUGCUUCGAUUAUCUCAGCCUUGGAGGCCUAUUCUCGGAAGGACCAGUCUCUUUACUUUCUGGAUUAAACCCUCGUCCCUUGAGCUUGGUUCUCCAUUUCUUUGCUGUUGCAAUAUACGGUGUUGGCCGUCUAUUGUUACCAUUUCCUUCACCUAAGAGAGUAUGGAUCGGAGCCCGAUUAAUCUCGGGUGCAUCUGCAAUCAUCCUUCCCAUAAUUAAGGCCGAAGGGAUUCGUCAGAUGUUUUUCCCUGCCACUGUUCCAGCUUAUUACAGAACUCCUCCAGUUGCACAAUAAAUUGAGGGAAGGUUGAAGUUCGUAGUUCUGUAAGCAUUUUGGCUUCUUUUGUGUGUAUUCUUUGUAGUCUGUAGCUUGUAAUGUUUCAAUUGAAUGUAUCAUCUCUGUCUCUCUCUCUCUCUCUCCUUUUUGGUACACUAGAAAUUAAAUCCAUGAUAUUAAACUAAAUUACAAUCCACUCUGGGCACUUAAACUAAAGUAUAGCAUUUGCGCAAACGAGUUUAUUGAGUAUCCACCUUUGAAUGGAAAGUCAAAGCCCCACUAUUGAAUGGAAAGACUCCCUAUGAGCUGUUCAAUGAGUA